UUUUGCUGUCUGGGAGAUUUCCAAUACCUCCAAACCUCGACAGUCAUUCACUCAUUAGCUUCCAAGAACUCCAUAUAAUUUAGCUGAUGCAGAUCCCAAGAACCCACGCAUUCACAAUAAGUUAAUCCCCCAUCUGUCAUUAGUUAAUCAAAUCCAAAACGAAUUUCUUGACACUCUCUUACUCCCUGAGAAAAUGCCACCGUUCUGAUAAGAGGAGGAACGGAACAUAUAGAAGAACAACAAAAAUGUCAACCCUCUUGGUGUUCUUCUACUGUUUCGCUGCCACCACUCUUGUUUUUGCUCAAACCGGGCAGAAUGUGGAGUGGUCGACCUUACUUUCGAUCAAAGCUAGUCUCGUUGAUCCAACCGGCGGCCUCAAUGAUUGGAAAAUGCCGAGCAACGCAGUUGAGGGAGGUUCGCCACAUUGCAACUGGACCGGAGUUUGGUGCAACUCAAAAGGGUUCGUAGAGAAGCUGGACAUCUCCAACAUGAACCUCAGCGGCCAUGUUUCCGAUCACAUUCAAGGCUUGCGCCGUCUUUCGAUCCUCAACAUAUCUUGCAACGCGUUUGAAACAUCGUUGCCAAGGCUGAUAACCAAUCUUACGUCGCUGAAGAGCAUUGACGUGAGCCAAAACAACUUUGUUGGCGAGUUUCCAACGGGUUUCGGAAGGGCUUCAGGACUCACAUCAGUCAAUGCAUCAAGCAACAACUUCUCAGGAUUUCUUCCGGAUGAUCUUGGAUACGCAACAUCCCUCGAAAUCCUAGAUUUCAGAGGGAGCUUCUUUGAAGGCUCGAUCCCUACAUCUUACAAGAACCUGCAGAAGCUGAAGUUUCUUGGCCUAUCUGGCAACAAUCUCACCGGAAACCUUCCAAGAGAAUUCGGGCAGCUUUCAUCACUAGAGACUAUUAUUCUCGGAUACAACGCUUUUGAAGGCGAAAUCCCAGCGGAGUUUGGCAACCUCACCAAUCUUCAGUAUCUUGACUUGGCAGUUGGCAGUCUCAGCGGCCAAAUUCCACCUGAAUUGAGUAGACUGCAAAAACUCACCACAGUUUAUUUGUACAAAAACAAUUUCACAGGAAAAAUCCCACCAGAUUUCGGUAACAUUACAUCGCUAGCGUUCUUGGAUCUCUCCGAUAAUCAGAUUUCCGGAGAGAUUCCUGCAGAGCUUGCACAAUUGACGAAUCUGCAGCUUCUGAACUUAAUGUGCAAUAAGCUCACAGGUUCAGUUCCUGCCAACCUCGGCAAGUUAACCAAGUUACAGGUACUUGAGCUGUGGAAGAACUCGUUGACAGGUCCUCUGCCAAGAAACCUUGGAAGGAAUUCCCCGUUGCAAUGGUUAGACGUGUCAUCGAACUCAUUGUCGGGUGAUCUCCCACCAGGUUUGUGUGAUUCCGGCAAUCUCACUAAACUCAUCCUGUUCAACAACUCCUUCUCCGGUCCAAUCCCAGUAAGGCUUUCGACAUGUUUGUCAUUGGUUCGUGUUCGUAUGCAAAACAAUCUUAUUUCGGGAUCCAUUCCAGUUGGUCUGGGAAAUCUUCCAAUUCUUCAGAGGCUAGAAUUGGCGAAAAACAAUCUUACUGGCCAAAUUCCUGCUGACAUUACUCUGUCUGCGUCUCUUUCCUUCAUCGAUGUCUCUUGGAACCGCCUCGAAUCAUAUCUUCCUUCGAGUAUCCUUUCGCUUCCUAAUCUUCAAACCUUCAUGGCUUCCAAUAACAACUUGCAAGGCAAGCUGCCGGACCAGUUCCAAGACUGUCCGUCACUCUCAGUCCUCGACAUUUCAAACAACCACAUCUCCGGAAAAAUUCCAGAGAGCAUAGCUUCUUGCGAGAAGCUGGUGAACCUGAACCUCAGAAACAACCAGUUCAACGGGGAAAUCCCUCAAUCAAUAGCGACAAUGCAUACAUUGUCAGUUCUCGACCUGUCCAACAAUUCUUUGGUAGGUCAAAUCCCGGAAAGUUUCGGAAGCUCACCAGCCUUGGAGAUGCUUAACUUGUCUUACAACAGGCUUGAAGGUCCAGUACCUGCAAAUGGUAUCCUAAUGACCCUAAACCCUAACGAUCUCCUAGGCAAUGCCGGUCUUUGCGGAGGCAUACUUCCACCGUGCUCUCACAGUUUAGCCGCAACAGCAGCUCCUAUUCGGAAUAUGCACAUCAAACACAUCCUUACUGGAUUCAUCGUUGGAAUCUCAGUAAUUUUGACUGUGGGAACCGCAUUUCUCGCAGGGAGAUGGAUGUAUCGGAAAUGGUACUUAUAUAACAGCUUCGACAGUUGGUUUAACAAGACCAAUCAAGAGUGGCCUUGGAGGUUAGUAGCAUUUCAGAGAAUUAACUUCACAAGUGCUGACAUUCUGGCUUGCAUACAAGAAUCGAAUAUCAUUGGCAUGGGCGGGAGCGGAGUUGUUUACAAGGCGGAAAUCCAUCGACCCCACUCGGUUGUAGCAGUUAAGAAGCUAUGGAGACCGGGGACAGACGUUGAAAGUGGUGAUGAUCUGUUUGGUGAAGUGAACCUCCUCGGCAGGCUCCGGCAUAGAAAUAUUGUUCGGUUGCUAGGGUACCUUCAUAACGAAAGCGACGUUGUGAUGAUAUACGAGUUCAUGCCGAACGGGAACCUCGGGACUGCAUUGCAUGGAAAUCAAGCCGGAAAGUUGCUGGUCGACUGGGUUUCGAGGUAUAACAUAGCAGUGGGUGUUGCACAAGGUCUGAACUAUCUCCACCACGACUGUCAGCCGCCAGUUAUUCACCGAGAUAUCAAAUCGAACAACAUUCUGCUGGAUGCAAACCUUGACGCCAGAGUGGCGGAUUUCGGGCUAGCAAGGAUGAUGAUCCACAAGAACGAGACAGUUUCAAUGGUGGCGGGAUCUUACGGAUACAUUGCACCUGAAUACGGAUACGCAUUGAAGGUAGACGAAAAGACUGACAUCUACAGCUACGGCGUAGUUCUGUUAGAGCUUCUAACCGGAAAGAUGCCGGUAGACCCUGCGUUCGGGGAAUCUGUGGAUAUCGUGGAGUGGGUUCGAAGGAAGAUGAGGACCAAGAGAGCCUUAGAAGAAACACUGGAUCCUAGCAUAGCCGGUGAAUGCAUGCAUGUUCAAGAAGAAAUGCUUCUCGUCCUCCGAAUCGCGCUUGUCUGUACGGCAAAGCUCCCGAAAGACAGGCCUUCCAUGAGAGACAUAAUAACAAUGCUCGGAGAGGCGAAACCGAGGAGGAAAAGCAUUUGUGAGAGUAGAAGCCAGAAAAUUGGCACGGAGAAGCCUAUAUUCAGCACCUCACCAGUCAUGGGUCUUCUGUAGGAACUCGUUCUGCAGGGGUUUUCUUCGUGUUUUAUUUUCGUUCGUGUAAAUGUAUUUUUUCUGUUCUUUGGACUAAUUUAUACUGCGCAUUCAUAUCAAGAUACAACGAUGAACAUUCAACGAAAAAGAA